UGAGAGGUUAUCGCUGAAGUUGUUUGGUAUUGUAUGCAUCUCGUGUGCGUAUUUAUACACGCCCAAGCGUUUAUUUUCACUCGCACAGCAGUCUCAGAGCUGCUGUAUAUGUGCUAGUAAGUUGCAAGCUAGUUUAUAUUUUGGGAUGGCAGUCUAAGAGUUAUUUGCCCCAUUUGCUUCCUGAAAGUAGUUUUGGUUGCAUUAAGUCACAUUCCAAUUUCCGUUUUCCUUCUAUGUUGAGACCAUAGCUGCAGUGUUCAGGUAUUGGUCUUAAAUUUUCCAUGGAUGUCUACACCACCAGGUCAAUUUUGUGCCCACCCCUACUCAAUACACACAAUGCGGAGUUUUUACACCACCAAGUCAUUAUCACACAUUUUCUUUUCCAGAUAUGUAAGCUGCAGAAUUUCUAUUAUCAUGAUAUGCGUUGUGUGCUGUUGGGUAAAAUAGCCCAUCUUUUCCCAUCGCAAGAUAUAAUAGACCAGUGGCUUGCGUAUAUUAUGCUGUAGUGGGGGAAAGGGGCCCAUCCAGCACAAAAUGCCUUUGCCGGAGCAGACACCUAUGACCUACCACAGCUGCCACUGGCACCGGCAGCCAUCUCUCCCUCCCAAGUAUCAAACCCAAGCAUGGCGUCGUCCAUCCACCAACUAGAGGAGCACGGCGACGAGGAGGGAGAGGACGACGACCGCCAUGGCAGCCAGAUCACCUCUCCGCUGCUGCAACCGUCGCCGCGUCGCCGGCAUGGCUCACCGGAGGAAGAGGAGCGUGAGGCGGGGGACGACGACGACGACGACGACUCCUCGCCGAUCGAGCAGGUGGCGCUGACGGUGCCGGUUGGGGACGACCCGGCGACGCCGGUGCUGACGUUCCGGAUGUGGAUGCUGGGCACAGCGUCCUGCGCCGGACUUUCCUUCCUCAACGCUUUCUUCGGGUAUCGCAAGGAGCCGCUCACCAUCACCGCCGUCUCGGCGCAGAUCGCCGUGCUUCCGUUGGGCCGCCUCAUGGCGGCAGCACUGCCGGAGGGCGCCUUCUUCCGGGGCCGGCCGUGGGCGUUCACCCUCAAUCCGGGGCCAUUCAACAUGAAGGAGCAUGUCCUGAUCACCAUCUUCGCCAACGCCGGCGCUGGCGCAGUGUUCGGCAUGAAUCUCGUGACCUCUGUACGCGUCUUCUACGGCCAGCACAUGUCCUUCUUCGUCGCCCUCCUCCUCAUCCUCACCAGCCAGGUGCUGGGGUUUGGUUGGGCGGGAAUAUUCCGGCGGUAUCUGGUGGAGCCGGCGGCGAUGUGGUGGCCCUCCAACCUCGUGCAGGUCUCCCUCUUCAGGGCACUUCAUGAGAAGGAGCGAAGGAGAAAAGGUAGAAUGACACGCAACCAGUUCUUUCUGGUGGCAUUCAUCUGCAGUUUUGCCUACUACAUCUUCCCAGGCUAUCUGUUCCAGAUGCUUACCUCCCUGUCCUGGAUCUGUUGGGUAUUUCCCAUCUCCGUGAUUGCCCAACAGCUUGGCUCAGGCCUCCAUGGUCUUGGCAUUGGUGCAAUUGGACUCGACUGGUCAUCCAUCUCCUCCUACCUUGGAAGCCCCCUUGCUAGCCCCUGGUUUGCCACAGCCAACAUUGCAGCUGGCUUCUUCAUAGUCAUGUACAUAAUCACACCGAUCAACUACUGGUUUAAUGUUUACAAGGCACGCAACUUCCCCAUCUACUCAGAUGGUCUCUACACAGAGUCUGGACAAAAGUACAACGUCUCCAGCAUUAUGGACUCCCAAUUCUAUUUUGAUACAGAUGCCUAUGAGAAGAAUGGACCAUUAUACAUCAGCACAUUCUUCGCUUCCAGCUAUGGCCUUGGUUUUGCAUGCCUUACCGCAACGGUUUCCCACGUUCUCCUUUUCCAUGGAAGUGAAAUCUGUCAGUUAAGCAAAUCAGCUUUCGAGGAUAAGAAGAUGGAUAUACAUACAAAGCUUAUGAGGAGAUACAGGCAGGUCCCUGAGUGGUGGUUCAUAUGCAUCCUUGUGGCCAGUGUUGCAGUCACCAUGCUUACCUGUGAGUACUACAUUGAGCAACUGCAGUUACCUUGGUGGGGAGUACUGCUUGCAUGUGCCCUUGCCAUUUUCUACACCCUUCCGAUUGGAAUUAUCAAAGCAACAACUAACCAGGCUCCAGGCUUGAAUAUCAUCACAGAGUACAUCAUGGGGUACCUAUAUCCUGGACGACCCAUUGCCAACAUGUGCUUCAAAGUAUAUGGCUACGUUGGCCCACGUCAAGCACUAGAAUUUUUGCAAGACUUUAAGUUGGGACACUACAUGAAGAUUCCCCCAAGGACCAUGUUCAUGGCUCAGGUCGUGGGCACUUUGAUUGCGGGUUCUGUAUACCUUGGAACGACAUGGUGGCUCAUGGACACAAUACCUAAUGUGUGCAACAGGGAGUUUCUCCCAGCAGACAGCCCUUGGACAUGCCCUUAUGAUCAUUUGUUUUAUGAUGCAUCAGUAUUAUGGGGCCUUAUUGGCCCACGCAGAAUAUUUGGUGAUUUAGGCACUUACUCUGCUGUGAACUGGUUCUUCCUAGGCGGCGCCAUUGCUCCCUUCCUUGUCUGGUGUACACAGAAAGCAUUCCCGGCUCAGAAAUGGAUCCGACAUGUCAAUGUGCCUGUAUUGAUUGGUGCAACCAGCUUGAUGCCGCCUGGCACUGCAGUCAACUAUACCACAUGGAUACUCAUUGCAUUUUUGUCAGGUUACGUGGUCUAUAGGUACCGACGUAAUUGGUGGGAGCGACACAAUUACCUGCUCUCAGGUGCCCUUGACGCUGGUUUGGCAUUCAUGGCUGUAUUGCUAUAUCUAUGCCUGGGACUGGAGAACAAAAGUUUGAACUGGUGGGGCAAUGAUUUGGAUGGAUGCCCUCUUGCUUCAUGCCCCACUGCAAAGGGCAUAACUGUGGAUGGAUGCCCAGCACAUAAUUGAGAGAAGCCAUCAUUCAGUAUCUAGGGGUAAAAUUACAUUUUAUCCCUAAAGGGGCAUGUACCUAUCAAUGGACCAUAUAGAUAAUUGAGACUUGAGAGGUUCUCUUAUUGCUAUAUCCAUGCAUAGGAACGGAGAACUACAAAAGUUUGAACUGGUGGGACAAAAUAAAGCAUGCUUGCUUCAUGCCAAUCUGCAAAGGGCAUAUAA